AUGUCCACCCAGGAUGAUAAAAGUAAAGAAAGUAAAGGCUGUUUUCAAUGCUCCAAAAGGCGGAUAGUCUGUGAUGGUCGGGAGCCAGUCUGCCUAAAGUGCCAAAAAAAGGGCUUAGAAUGUUCAGGAUCCGGUCGGAUUCGAUUCUCCACCGGAGUGGCUCGGCGUGGAAAGCUGAAAGGAUGCACCAUUCCAGUUGCCAGCGUGUCGCCAGAGGCAGCCCUUGAGAGACAAGUAUGGGUUGCGAAUUGCUCUCCGCGCCAAAUUCGAUGGAAAAACGAUGCCCCUGUGCGUCGGAGUCGGAAAAAUGCGACACGCACCCCGAAGCGAGACGCGGAAAACUCCCAGGGGCAACUGGGGUUGUCGGACAGUAUCACGCCUGAUCAAGUGAGGGGCGCAUUGGCUUUAGCUGACCGAACGUCUGGAGCGGGGGCAGCCGAACCAGGACAGCCGUCUCCACCGCGGAUCAUAGCAUGCAGCAACAUAGCCGGCGACUUCGGUUAUGCCCAAAAUUCGCGCGAAGAUGUUUGCGACCGGGAUCUGGAGCCACAAUGGUGCAUACGGAUCGACCCCUGGGUUGCCCCUUUGAGCCCUCGAGCGCGAAUGUUCAUGUCACACUGUGAGAACCUUCUCGUUGGAGCCAGCAGAACUGCUCUUUUCGUCUACUAA